CGUGAUCCAUGUGGGGCCUAGGGUUCAGUGAGACUUAACUCUAAGUUCAACGAAGUAAAAUUUCGCUGGGGUAAAGUGAAAAGUAAUCAUGGCAGCGGCGACAGCGACUGCGGGCGACCGCCGCCGAAGGAGCCGCGCUCCAGGGGGUGGCGCCGCCGCCGCCGCGGGAAACGAUGAUGGCGAGGAGCAGCACGUCAACCCCUUCCUCGACGUAGCUCCGUCCGCCUCCUCGAGGGUCCAGUUCAGGAAUGUGGCGUCGCGCGCGCGGUGGGUGGAGGAGGCCGGUGCCGCGGAGGUGGUGGAGAGCAAGGGCAAGCUGUGGCUGACCACCGGCGUCACCCGGGGCGGCAAGCUGUGCUACAACGUCGAGGAGAUCGGGUGCGCCACCUGUUCGAUUGAAUGCCGUAGCUGUGCAUUGUUCUUGGUUGAAAGAGGCGCCUUGAUUCUUCUCAAUGACAAGGAUGAAACGAUAGGAAUAGAAGGCAUCUAUGAAAAGAUCGUUGGAGGAAAAUAUGGGUGCUCUUGGGAUGCCUUCCAAGCUUAUAAGCACUUGAAAUCGCUUGGUUAUAUUGUUGGAAGAUAUGGUGUUCCCUGGACAAUGAAGAGUAGUGGUACUUGUGACACUACUGUUCCUCCCACGAGUGUGGUUCACACUGAUCAGAGCUUCAAUAGAGUCGAUGGUACCUGCAGUGAUAUAACCCUGAAGGAAAUGCACAUUGAUGGGAUAUCUCCAUCCUUUGAAGUGUAUUUGCCUAACAGCAAGUUUAAAAAAUCAUCCCCAGGAACCCCUAGUUUCCUCUUAUGUCUGUUAAGGAAUAAGCCCCCCACAAGGGUUGAAUUGGAAAUGGUGGAAAACAAUUUUGGAGGUAUUCCUCUUAAAUAUUGCCAUGUGGAUAAUGGGCGUGUUAGCUUUCUUUCCUUCGACAAAGUUGCUCUUCCAAGCUUGCCCUGAUGGGUAGCAGGCACAUUUGUUAGCGCUCCUUGUUGUCACUGAUCUUGUAAUAACAUACAUUGAAAUAGCGAGAUCUUCUAAGAUAUAUUUGCCUCAGCAAUUAUUCUUGUUUGAAGCACGGUUAGUUUCAUUUUUAUAGUAUAGGUUACUGGCUACCUGAUAGUACAUGAGAUGUUCCAUCUUGAGCUGAAUGGGUCAUGUUGAGACACUGAUUUAUAUAUUUUAUGGAUUCUA